CAUAACUUACUUGCACCGGAACUAAACCCAAACACCGCGUAGACAGAGCUGAAUUCGGCCGUCUAAAUACCCAAAAUAGCCUCCGUUAUGUUCAAAUUUUCGCUUCCUAUGUCGUCUCAUUCUCUUGACAAGUACAAAAGAAGAGCCCAAGGUUUUACGCAAUAUCUUGCCAUGUCUGAAUGCGUCUGACAAUGUAGUGUCAAAGCUGUAAAUUUACUCCACUCUUUUAAGAAAAUAUUUAAACUCACCUUUAUUGCUCCAAAAAUUGGAUAUGCCAUUGCACAUUCUUUGUAUCUUUUCCUUCUCUUUGGUUUAUUUUGUUUAUUUUUUGAAUAAAAGAAAAAAGGACCCUUGUUUUGGUUUUUGUGCUUUUGAAGAGAAAGAAGAUGAUGGUGGCUUGAUAUUGAUGUUUUAGACUUGGUCGUUUCUGCGUUUCAAGGCCUUUGGUUGCUUGUUCAAAUGGGUCUGGGGAAAAAGUUUGCUUCUUUUUUUGAUUAGGACAAAGGCGAAACAAUGGCAAGCGAAUCACAUGUGACUAGAAGAGCACCUAAAAUUCAUCAUAUAACAAACUCGGAGGGUGAUCUUGAGAAUAAAAUUGGCAGCGUAGAUUUAGGUAGGUAUACAGUUCAUAUGCCUCCUACACCUGAUAACCAGCCAAUUGCUAUGCAAGCAGUAGGAACUGAGGAACGAUACGUUUCGAAUUCCAUGUUUACGGGUGGUCACAAUCGUGUUACUCGUGCUCAUUCUAAGAAGAUCAUUGAUUCGCGAGCAAGCCAUCCCCGGAUGGUGGUUGCUGAAGGGUCAUUCUGUGAAGUACCUGGAUGCAGUGCCACGAUGAUGACUAAUAGGCAGGGCAUAGAGGUGUUCCCAUGUGAAUGUGGUUUCAGGAUUUGUAAGGAUUGUUAUAGAGAUGCGAUGGGAAGUGGUGAUGGAUUUUGUCCGGGAUGUAAAGAGCAUUAUAGGGGGUUGGAUGAGUCUGAGAUGGCAUUGGCUAGCCAAUCAUACUUGUCUAAAUCGGAAAGGACGUUGUCAGUGGUGGAAUCAACGGAGUUCCCGAUGAGGAAUCAGAGUAAUGAGUUUGAUUAUACUCAGUAUUUGUGUGAAACGAAUAAGAGUUAUGGGUAUGGAAAUGCUGUGUGGCCGAUGGAUGGUGUGAAUGGGGACAAGGAUGAGAUUGGUGGUGACCCUAAGGUAUUUCGUGAGAAGCAAUGGAAGCCCCUUACACAGAAAUCAAGCAUACGUGCUGCAGUCCUUAGUCCAUAUCGGCUCCUAAUACUUAUUCGAAUAGUGGUUCUUGGGUUGUUUCUACAAUGGAGAAUCAGACACCCAAAUGAAGAUGCAAUCUGGUUGUGGUUUAUGUCUAUAAUUUGCGAGAUCUGGUUUGCCUUUUCUUGGCUGCUUGACCAGCUUCCUAAGCUCUGUCCAGUUAAUCGUGCUGUUGAUCUUGAUGCUUUACAAGAAAAGUUUGAAACACCUAGUCCGAAUAAUCCUUCAGGAAGAUCUGAUCUACCAGGCAUAGAUGUCUUUGUUUCUACUGCAGAUCCUGAGAAAGAACCACCUCUUGUCACUGCAAAUACCAUUCUUUCGAUUCUGGCAGCUGAGUACCCAGUUGAGAAGCUUGCUUGUUAUGUUUCUGAUGAUGGAGGUGCGCUACUAACUUUUGAGGCCAUGGCAGAGGCUGCCAGUUUUGCCAGAAUUUGGGUCCCUUUUUGCCGGAAACAUGAAAUUGAGCCUAGAAAUCCAGAGUCUUAUUUCAAUCUGAAGAGAGAUCCAUACAAGAACAAGGUGCGACCAGAUUUUGUAAGAGACCGCAGGCGGGUAAAACGUGAGUAUGAUGAGUUCAAGGUUAGGAUCAAUGGUCUUUCUGAUUCAAUUCGACGACGUUCUGAUGCCUUUAAUACUAGAGAGGAGGUCAAGGUUUUGAAGCGUUGGAGGGAGGACAAUAGUGAUGAACCAAUGGAAAAUUUGAAGAUCCCAAAAGCUACUUGGAUGGCCGAUAGCACCCAUUGGCCUGGCACUUGGACAGUGCCUGCUCCAGAGCAUUUUAGGGGUGAUCAUGCCAGUAUCAUACAGGUGAUGUUGGAUCCUCCCAGUAAUGAACCUCAAAAAGGUGCUGAAGGCGAUGGAAAUUCCAUGGACCUGAGUGAGGUUGACAUUCGUCUUCCUAUGCUGGUUUAUGUUACUCGUGAAAAGCGACCUGGUUAUGAUCACAACAAGAAGGCAGGGGCCAUGAAUGCCCUUGUCCGAGCCUCUGCGAUCAUGUCCAAUGGCCCCUUCAUUCUUAAUCUUGAUUGUGACCACUACAUUUUCAAUUCCCUGGCAUUAAGAGAAGGAAUUUGCUUUAUGAUGGACCGCGAUGGGGACCGUAUUUGUUAUGUCCAAUUUCCUCAGAGGUUCGAAGGAAUCGAUCCAUCUGAUCGCUAUGCCAAUCACAACACUGUCUUCUUUGAUGUUAACAUGCGAGCUCUUGAUGGAAUUCAGGGUCCAGUAUAUGUUGGAACAGGAUGCCUCUUUCGCCGCACUGCCCUUUAUGGCUUUGAGCCACCUCAAUUGCAAGAAGACACUGAUUGCUGCAGCUGCUGCUUUCCACGUCUUAAGAAACCUGCAACUGUUGCAUCUGCCUCUGAUAUUGACCCUGAAGAUAUCCAGUUGAGGGAAGAUGAUGAAAUGAAUAUUGCACUUAUUCCUAAGAAGUUUGGAAACUCCAGUUUACUUGUUGAGUCUGUCCGGGUGGCAGUGAUUCAGGGCCAGCCCCUCGCAGAUCAUCCUUCUGUCAAAUAUGGACGACCACCUGGUGUUCUCACCAUGCCUCGGGAGCCUCUUGAUCCAUCCACAAUUGGUGAGGCAAUCAAUGUUAUCUCAUGCUGGUAUGAAGACAAGACUGAAUGGGGGCAAAGUGUAGGGUGGAUUUAUGGAUCAGUGACAGAAGAUGUGGUCACAGGGUAUAGGAUGCAUAAUCGUGGGUGGAGAUCUGUUUAUUGUGUGACCAAAAGAGAUGCUUUCCGUGGCACAGCUCCAAUAAAUCUCACUGAUAGGCUUCACCAGGUUCUUCGAUGGGCCACUGGCUCUGUUGAGAUAUUUUUCUCACGCAACAAUGCCCUAUUAGGCAGCCCUAGGCUUAAGCUUCUACAGAGGAUUGCUUAUCUUAAUGUUGGGAUAUACCCUUUCACUUCCAUAUUCCUCAUUGUUUACUGCUUCCUUCCUGCACUUUCCCUAUUUUCUGGUCAAUUCAUAGUUCAGACUCUUAACGUAACAUUCCUUGUGUACCUCUUGGCCAUCACCCUGACCCUUUGUGCUCUUGCGGUGCUAGAGAUCAAGUGGUCUGGCAUUGAACUUGAAGAGUGGUGGAGGAAUGAGCAGUUUUGGUUGAUUGGAGGCACAAGUGCUCAUCUAGCUGCAGUGCUGCAGGGGCUAUUAAAGGUGGUUGCUGGCAUUGAAAUUUCAUUCACCCUGACAUCAAAAUCAGCUGGUGAUGAUGUGGAUGAUGAUUUUGCUGAUCUCUACAUCUUCAAGUGGACAUCUCUCAUGAUACCCCCACUCACAAUCAUAAUGGAGGUGUCUUCUUCAGUUUCUGGGUAUUGGCUCAUCUCUACCCCUUUGCAAAGGGUCUUAUGGGAAGACGAGGGAAAACACCUACAAUCGUAUUUGUUUGGUCAGGUCUUAUUGCAAUCUCUAUUUCUCUACUCUGGGUGGCUAUCAAGCCCCCAUCAGGAAAUUCUGAUAUUGGAGGGUCAUUCCAAUUCCCAUGAAUUACAGCCGUCUGGUAUUGUUUUACACUGGAAGGUCGAACGCAUUCCUUUACUCAUUCUUUCAAAGAUAACGAGAUGUGAUAUUAGAGAUUGAUUCAACUAAAUUCCAUUCUAGAUAUACAUACAUCAUGCCCUUCCCAUGUACUUUUCUCUUUUCGUUCUUGUUUGCUUCCAAUUGCUAGGAUUCUUUGGCAGCUCACAUCUCAGCCAUCCAACUGAAUAUUGAAUCGAAUCAGUGUACAUACAUUCAUUUUUUAGACAAAUAUUCUUUGGAUGAAUCGUUUUCAGUAGAGCAUCCAUUUCUGUCUCUUACUUUUCCUAUAUUAGUGGGGACUAGUACAUAAAUCUUUAGAUAAGUGAAAGAGAUGGUAACUUCUCUGAAGA